AUGCUGAAACCUCACCUCCACCACCACCACUCAAACUCUACUCAACCCUUACCCACACGGCAGCACAAGGCUUUUGUCGCCGGAGAUGGCAGCUCUUCUGGUGGUGACAGUGGAAGCGCCGUCAGUUUCCUUUCUCUCAACAAGCUUUCAGUACCUAUCAAACCAAACGGCUUACAUGCAGUACGGUCAUCCCGUCAAAUCAAAGCCAUCGCCACUGACAAAUCCAUUGCCACCACAACCACCACCAAAGUGAAAGCCAUUAUCACCGUUCAGUUGCUGCUGAGGUUUGACUCUAGGACAGGGAUACCAAAGGAUACGAUUAAACAUUACGCACACCACACAGGGCUAGACAUAAAAGAUGUAAAGUAUGUGGCGGAAUUUGACGUGCCAGACGACUUUGGUCAAAUCGGCGCCAUUUUGAUAGAAAAUGAACACCACAAAGAGAUGUAUUUGCAGACAAUUCGACUCGAAGGAUUUUCCAACAACACGCUGGAAAUCAUUACCUUCAACCCGAAUUCUUGGGUUCAUUCCAAAUUCGAUAAUCCUGAAAAACGUAUUUUCUUCACUAAUAAGUCGUAUUUACCAUCGGAAACUCCCAGCGGACUGAAGCAUCUCCGAGAAAAAGAUCUAGCAAGCCUUCGAGGCGAUGGUGUCCCCGAAGGCCCUCGGAAAAAGCACGAUCGAAUAUACGAUUACGAUGUAUACAAUGAUCUCGGUGAUCCCGACAAUAAGCCGGAAUUGGCACGUCCGGUGCUCGGAACCAAGGAUUUGCCUUACCCUAGGCGUUGCAAAACCGGUCGCCCUCGCACUAAAUCAGAUCCUUUAUCAGAGUCAAGACACAGUGGUAUCUACGUGCCAAGGGAUGAAGCCUUCUCGGAAUUGAAAAAUAUGACAUUCUCAGCAAGGACAGUAUACUCAUUGAUGCACGCAGUUAUCCCUUCAUUACAAACAUCCAUUAUUGACCACGAGCUUCCAUUUCCACAUUUCACAUCAAUUGACUCUCUUUACAAGGAUGGGCUUCAUAUGCCCCAGUUAGAAUCCAAAGGGUUUCUUAGAAAUACACUACCUCGACUUCUCAAAAUGGUUGAAGAUACCCAACAUAGCAUAUUGCGCUUUGAGACCCCUGCAAUAUUCAAAAAAGAUAAAUUUUCUUGGAUAAAAGAUGAAGAACUUUGUCGACAAACCCUUGCUGGCCUACACCCAUGUGCCAUUCAAUGUGUGAAGGAAUGGCCUCUAAAAAGUCAACUCGACCCUGAGGUGUACGGUCCACCGGAAUCAGCGAUUACAAAAGAAUUAGUCGAGGAAGUAAUUGGAGGCAUCAUCCCGGUUGAGGAGGCGUUAAAGCAGAAAAAGCUUUACAUCAUAGACUACCACGACAUUCUCCUCCCAUACGUGAACAAAGUGAGAGAAAUCAAAAACAUGAGAACAACGUUAUACGGAUCAAGAUUAUUAAUGUUCUUAACACCUUCCGGAACCUUACGACCAAUCGCCAUUGAAUUAGUCAGGCCACCUGGCGAUGGAACACCGCAAUGGAAACAAGCAUUCACUCCACGGUGGGAUUCCACCGGAGCCUGGCUUUGGAAAUUAGCCAAAGUCCAUUUCCUUGCUCAUGACACCGGAAUCCACCAGCUUGUAAGCCACUGGUAAGUAAUCAAUUAAUCCAUGAUUCCAUAACAUAAUCCACCCUUCGAUUCUUCUAGAAC